UAGCCUUACAAAUCUUGAAUUCUAUUUGAUUCUAAGAAAGCUAGCCCGCCACAACCUAAAUCAAACAAAAUUAAAACUGACCAUGUCAUCCGGCAUUAAAGAGAAAAUCCAAGAACCUAUAGGGAACUUGAAUUUCAAAUAGGUCAUCUCAUUGUUCAAACCAGAUUACACCUGCAAUUUGUCCAACAUAUUUCAUAUAAUGAGGGUUUUACAAGUGUUUAAGCAGACUUCAGGGUUUUCAAAAAACAAAAAUUCAAAUUAUUGAAUCAAAUCUUUUCUUUAACGCGUUUGAACUGAUAGCGCAGCCAUGGAAGGAACAGGGGAAGUUGUAAGAAUCCGUUUGAUAUUCGAAGACGAAUAUAUAUUAAACAGGAGACAAAGAUCAGAAGGUUUGAAACAAUGCUGGAUGAUUGUGAAGCCAUAUUUGAAGGCAGUAGAGCAGAUUGCCAGUGAUAUUUUAUAUACAUUUAAUCUUCAUCGCACCUGUCCUUGCGGCCUUUUGCUUUCCAUGGAGGGAUAUACCUUGCCGUCUACACAGCCUACAUGCAUUUUGAAGGACAAAGAUAUUGUAGUUGUGAAUAAGAAGAGGGAAACAUUGGAAAAAAAAAUUAUAAACAGUGAGGAGGCCAGCCUAAAAGACUCUGAAACACUUGGAGAAAGACUUCCAGGACACGGUGGUGUCAAGCUGCUGGCGAUUGAUGAGUUUGAGGAGGAGGCUGGAGGAUAUCAAAGCGAGUAUGAAGACAAUGGAACUAACUCCAAAGAUGAUGCUGAUGUAAUUCAGAUGGAAAAACUUUCAAUUCGAAAAGAAAUCUCAAGGAAGAAGAGGAAACAAUCAGAGCUUGUUCAACACUCAAAGGUAAAGAAUAAACGUAAGAAAAUAAACCAUAGUGAAGAGAUACCAUGUAAUGCUGUCAAAUGCCAGAGUCACACGAAAGCACUUGAAGUGGAAGUAGAAGACACAGAAGUUGUUAGUGGCUUGCAGUUAAAAGAAAAGAAGUCACGGAAGAAGCCGAAAGAAAAAAAGACAGAGUGUGUGAAGGUAAAUAAAGAAUCAAAUGAGUUCCCUCAAGUUGAUCACAUGGCAGAGAGAUGUCUAGAAAGAGAAGAUGAUCAAGUUGAAGGAAUUGUCACUGCAACAGAGAAUGCUUCCAUGCCAACUGAAGGAGGAAAAAAGUCUCCAAGCAGAAGUUCAAAGAGGAAAAAAGCAAAAAGACGUUGGCUGCGAGAACAAAAAGCUAAGAAUCAAGAGUUGGUUCAGAGCAAUGGUUUUGUUGACCAAAAACUUCAUCCAAAAAGUGACAAGCCUCGAAAAUCAAAUCAAGAUAAUGAUAUUGAAGCUGAAGAAGAGAGCCUUCCAGUGGUUGUCAGGCCUGGACAUAUACGAUUUCUGCCUCUUGAUGAAGAAUAUGAGGCCCAGGAGAUUGAAGAUUUAACACCUGUGCUUCAGUGGAACGGAAUCACUACUAAAAGGCAAGGCCAGAACUGGGGAAAAGAGAAGAAUAAUAAUGUCAACAGGGAAAAGAAACCUGUAUGUUUUAGGGAAGAAGACAAUAUUUCCUCAGAUGAUAUGAAGGAAGAGACUCUGAACAAGUGUCCACUUGAUUUUGACAAGCUUCCUAGCAUGUCAGGUUUGCCACAGCAAGGUGAUGUAAUUGCAUAUCGUUUGGUAGAACUAUCUAUUGCUUCAUGGUGUCCUGAACUUUCUUCUUUCAGAGUUGGCAAAAUUGCAUCAUAUGAUAGUUGUUCUACUAAGAUCAGAUUGGUACCAGUUUCAGAGUAUCCAUUUGUGGUCAAGAAUUCAGUCAGUGAAGAAUAUGCUGAAGAGACGGACAUCUCACUGUACAAUGAAGAUGGCUCACUAGAGAUAGAUUUUGGUUCACUUGUUGAUGUUCGUUGGAUUAAUCAGCAAAAUUGUAGUUCCAAUAUGAACACUGGUAUGCCAGAUGUGAAGGUAGCUGGCAAAGUAGCAACAUGUACAAAUGGUGAAAGGAAUUCUAAUAGCAGUACAGAUAUGAACACAGGUUUUCGAGUUACGGAGGAGUCCAUUACUGCAACAAAUGCAAAUGGGGAUGGAGAAUAUAUGAGCGUGUGGGAUGAGAUUAAUCAAGCAUUCAGUUCUAAGAAAGCUGAACUUGCCCUUAAGGAGGAUCUAUUGGAGCCUGUAAACAUGGAUACUAAACCAGCAAAAGCCUCAAAGAAGUCAAGGUCAAAAACUAUGAAAGAAAAGCCCUGUAUUUCUAAACAGGGGAAUGGGACACCCACUUCACGUACUUUCAAGUCACUAAGGGGCAGUGCAAUUGGUCCUACAAUUUCUCUCUUAAGAGCACAAAAUGUACUAAAAUAACUGCCUCAAGUUGGAGCGUCUCCAAAACAUAAUUGUGUAGCAGCUACAGGAAAUCUACAACUUUUUUGGGUCCAGAGCUAUAUAAUUGUAACUGGUAGAAUACUAGCCUGGUUUUUGAAUAUUUUUUUUCUCAAAAAUGGUUAAUGGAAUCAAAUGUUAUUUUUGAUUGUGAUUAAGAAGACAUAAUAUUAAUCUCUUUGAAUUCUUCUAAAUUAAAUAACAUGUCUGUAAUAGAAAUGGAUUUUUCUUUACAAAUAUGUUACACAUGUUGUCUAGUCCAAAGAAUAAUAUAUUUUCUAUUUUUUGAGCAAGAGGGGUAACCCAAGAGUGUACAUUUCUUGUGUCUUCCAAACUUAUAAUGUAUUUUCAUCUCUUGCAAAUUGUUAAAAGUUAAAACCAUUGCA